UACCUUUAUUAAAACAAACAAAAAAAUAUUAUAUAGUCCAUAUCACCUUUACAUUAUUCACAAGUUGUUAUGUUCUCCAAGCUCCCCUAUCAUUGUGUUGCCUUUACAAAACUUAGCCACCCCUUCUUCUGUCAUAAAAGCCUAAGGUUUGUGUGUGUCACUAUGAUGGAUAUCUCUUUUCCCAAUGAGCUUGGCAAGAUGAGUGCAAGUAGCUGCAGCCAAGAGAUGUGCUUCUACAGUGCACCAUCUAGUCCUAGCAGACUCAAAUUAAGACCAUCUUGUGGUUUUCAUACAUGCCCCACAACACCAAGAGCAUAUGAAGAAGAUGCUAACUCCAAUUUAGACGACUUUGAAUUUGAAACCGGUCACAGUUUCAAUCUCAGUCACAUGGUCAUUGAGACAAACCAAAAAGAUGUUAACACAUUCCAUCACCAACAAAGGUUUUGUGAGGAUUCAAUGCCAGCUAUGGCAUUUGCUGAUGAGCUAUUCAGUAAUGGUAGAGUCCUGCCACUGCUACCACCUCUCAAACUUCCUCCAAGGCUACUUCAGAAUGGAGAUGGAAACAUGGUGAGUACUCAAAGUUCAAGAAUGGUGUCGCCAAGGUCCCCGGGGUUGAUGCUUAGGCUUCCAUUUUCGCGUCAUAGUUUGUGGGAUGAUGAGUUUGAUCCAUUCAUGGAGGCUCUCGAGAAGGUCAAAGAAGAAAAAAAAAGAGGGAAAACAAAGGCAAAACAUGGUAUCAGAAGGACUAGAUCUCUUUCACCAUUAAGAGGCUUCAACAACAAGUCUGAAAAACAUGUGGGACAAUCACAGUCAAAUCAACCUAAGUCACAUUGUGGUGAGGUUCAGAAAGAGCCAUUUCAGCAAGCAUCAAGAAGGGUAAAUUUGCUAUCUGAGCCUGAAGGGUUGGUGUUUACAAGACAAGUGAGACAAAUGGGAGAGGGAAAUCAUAGGAACUUUGAGGCCCAGAGGAUCUCAGUUUCCAAACUUGCUAGGGAGACAAAGAAAGAUGAGAAUCAAAGAGGUGGUUUUUGGACAAGGAAUAGAAAGAAGGGAAUUAUAAAGAAGCUUCUCUUUGGGAGUGGAAAAAAGGGGAAAGCCAGUUCUCAACACAACAUAGAAGAUAAAAAAGAAGAACCAGAGAAGCCACCCUUGCUGAGAAAACUUGACAUUAAAUCUAUGACACAAUUACCCCAAUGGAAUAAAGAUGAAGCAACGGCUGAGUUGAGCAAAAUGAGAUUGGUAUGUCACAGGCCAGUGCCCCGAUUCUUUCUUUGCUUGGGUUAUGAGUGAGCGAAUUUGAAGUGAUUAAUAGCAGGUUUGGAUCAACCUCUCUUUCCUCGAAUGGCACGUAGAAGCUGCUCACACAAAGCUUCUCAUCAAAAUUGAUUUUGACUUCAGAAUCAAUUGUAAAAGGAUUUCCAAACAUGCACUAAGAUUCUCACAGGUCAUCUAAGUAGAAUAUAGAAUUUAGCUCAAAUGAAUGAUGAAAUAUUGUUGCUGUCUCUAUUUAUCACUUUGUCCUUUCUGGUGUGAAACCUAUGAUAGCAAUGUUGAGUAGAAAUUGUUAGUUGAAAUCCCUUUGACUAGCUAGAUACUUUCCCACGUGAAUUGGAAGCUCAACUUCCCUAACAAUGUCAUUCUCCCUUUAUAACCCUUUGUUCCAUCAAAGGAGUC